AUGGACUAUCAAGCCUGUUCCUCAAGGCACCCUGCUCUGCAUGAUCCCCGUGAGCGGUUAAAGGAGGACGACUUGGAUGUUGUACUGAGUCCACAGCGACGGAGCUUUGGAGGUGGUUGUCAGGUCAAUGCUGUAUCCAUGUCCAGUACCCGGCGCCCUAUAAGCCCACUGGAAAAUAAGGAAAAUGAAUCUCUUCGUCCGGGAGGCGCUCGCAGAAUUGGCAGCGGGCGCAUCAUUGCUGCUCGGGCCUUUGAGAGAGAAGCUCGUGCAGAAAAAGACAGAGAGCGGGAGAGAGACUUCAAAGAUAAGAGAUUCAGGAGAGAUUUUGGUGACAAGCGUGUGUUUAGUGAAAGAAGAAGAAAUGAUUCUUACGCAGAAGAGGAGCCAGAAUGGUUCUCAGCCGGUCCCACCAGCCAGUCUGAGACGAUUGAGCUCAUCGGAUUUGACGAUAAGAUUUUGGAGGAGGACAAACGCAAAACGAAGCGUUCAAGAAAGCGAACAGACUCUGUGAAGGAAGCAGUGGAAUGUGAUGGAGGAAUACCUGAGGAGCAAGAUGUGGCUUUGCAGUCUACAGCUGAUCAAGAAGUUCCUCAUCCAGAUGUUCUUCCAGAUCAGUCUGCUGGGGAUUUUGACUUCAAUGAAUUCUUCAACUUAGAAAAUAUGCCAGGACUAGCCUCUAUGAUAGAGGAUGUUUUGGGGGAGGGCCCUGUGUCAGCUAGCCGCUUCAGCCAAUGGUUUUCAAAUACCAUGAGCCCCUCAGGCAGCCGAUCCAGCAGUUUGAGGUCCACUCCUCAUGAGGAGCUGGAAAAACUUGCAGUGCUUGACCCACGCUGCUCAUCUGCCAGCCAAGGCUCUGCGUCGUACUUCACACCUAUUCAGUCAUCAGAUGGCAAAGAAAAGGUGGACAUUCUGGAGCUCCUGCACAAAGCCAAAAUUGACCUCAAACCACUUCUGUCCACGCUGUCGGUCAACAAAGCCCGGCUACGAGAAAGUACUAACUCAGGGGUGGUCCUCUCUCUGGAGGAAGUUGAAGGAGAGAUGAAGGGAAUGAAGCUGAGCUCAGAACCACAUGUGCAGAAGAUAUCUUCUCCUCAGAGGGGAAACGGCACACCCUUCAUGGCCGAGCAUCUUGAGGAAGCUUUAACCGGUGGAUCUGUUAAUCGGCCUCGCUGCCGUGACACAGACAUGUCUGCUUUUAAUAAACUGGUCAGCAGCAUGAAGGCAAGUGGAACUCUGCCAACUCACCCCAAACCCAACACAAACAAUCAGCCUUCGGAUCAAAAUGUGGGACCUCGACCUCCUCAUGUCCCUCCUCAGCAGCAGAAAAACAUAUUCCAGGAGCUCCUUGGUGUGCGUAGUAGCUCACCGAUACCUUUAGGUGGUCUGAUGGGCAGCUCUGAAGCCUCUGUGUCAUCUGGCCCUCUACAUGGCUUACUGCACAAAGGCCUAUCGCCCCCUCUGUUUUCACAGAGGGCCCCCUCACCGGACUACUUCAAUAAUAGGAUGCCACCUACUACAGGAUUUCCUACCGGCCCUCAGUCUUUGCUUCCAGAACAGUUUGCAGACAUCCACAGGUCUAUCAGUCCUUCUCAACAGCAGAUAAGGGGUCUACAUCUUCCUGCGAAUCAGAUGGAUCUGGAAGUCCUGGCUCUCCAGCAGGAGCUUGCUCUACAUGGCCACCAAGCAUAUCAGUCAACUUACAAGCACCCACAGGACAGGUCUUUCAGAAACAGGCCACAGCGCGUUUCUCGUUCCCCUGGACCUCAGCCUGCUGGAAGAACGUCACCGGGAAAUGCCGUCACUAGCAUGUUAUCGCCAUCGUUUACACCCACAUCUGUGAUCCGUAAAAUGUACGCAACCAAAGAGAAAAGCAAAGAUGAACCGUCAGGUCGUUCAGAACCUAAGGAGGAAGCGACCGCAAACUCACAAGAUGGUGGUAGCUCUCCAAACCACCUCUUGGAGUCGGUGGAUGUUAAUGUUGCACAGUCGGCUGCAGUAAAGAUAAACUCGCAAAGCAAAGACCAAGAGCGCCUCAGGCCAGGUUCCGCUGGACAUCACGUGCCUCCAGUGGCGCCUGCAGGGCCGAACUCAUCAUUUCCUCGUCCAAUCUACCCAGUACCACUUCUAUCCCAUGUCCCGAUGGUGCGCCCUCAUCCCCAGCUCCACCCUAACAUGGUUCAGAGAAUGCUUGCCCAGGGGAUUCAACCCCAGCAGCUGGGACCAGCUCUUAUGCAAGCAAGUAUUUUUCCACCACAUGUUGACCUAGCGCAACUUCAAGGUUUACCUCCACCCCUGUUGGGACAGCCGCUGUACCCAUUAGGUGCAACGGGGCUUCUACCUCCCAGGGCCAAUACUCCAAUGCAGUUGGCUGUCAUGCAUCAGCAGCUUCAGGGGCAGAGACAGAUGCAUCCAGGCAUAGCAGGCGGUCCGUCACAAAGCCAAGGCCUCCAUCGGACAAACGGCUCCCAGCGACACGGAGCUAGCCCUCCUCCUGGCCUUGCGAAGUGGUUUGGAUCAGAUGUGCUUGAACAGCCACUGCCGUCCAUGCCAGCUAAAGUCAUCAGUGUAGAUGAGUUGGAGUUCCACCCAUAAAAAGGGAAUAAUUUGCUGGAGAGCAAGAUUUUCCCUCUGCCCCACCAUCUCCCCUUCCUGCUUACCAUGAAAAUGUGAACUUUAAUUUGAAAGAUGGUGGAUAAUGGGACAUUGUGUUGGUGCUUUUUUUGAAAAGAGGAGUGGAGAUUUAUUUUGCCAGUUUGGUUAUCUUUUUUCUAUUAGUAAAUAAUGUAAAGGAUUGAUUGUACAGACGAUGAGAGAAUCUAAUUCUGUGUAUAUAGCUGUAGUUUUUUGUGGUGUUUUGUUUUUUUGGUUUUUGUUUUCCUGAUCUGGAGAGGGGGAGAAUAGUUGAACUUGAAUUGGGAGACGAAUCCGGUAGCAUUCCUUUAUAGUCUCCACCUCGACCUAUUCCUUUGACAAUGAGGAAGAGUGAUUGCUGGUGACGAAUAGUAGGGUAGUUUAUUUGGUCAGCUACUCUACCAUACUUUGAGUUGUCACCGGUGGUUCUUUUACCUAAAGAGGUUAAGCAUGACACCACUGAAGGAUGCAAUGGUAUGGUUGUGCCUUGUUUUGUUUUUUUGUUUUUUUCUUAUUAGGAUGCUGCCCCUCCCAUUUCCCUUUAAUUUGUUCACUGUAUUCUCUCCAGUCCUGUAUCACAGAAUUCAGCACUGCUCACACUGUCAUUUGAGGGUGUUUGGGAAUCAGUUAAUGUGCUGUAAAGGUAUAAGCACAAAUAGAAAUAAUAAAUAAAAC